GGAGGAGGAGAAGGAGGAGGAGGAGGCGGCGGGGGCGGAGGAAGCCGCCGCUCCCCGCGCUCCGCCGAGGCAGGAGCAUCCCGGAUCCCGGGGACAUCCCCCUGCUCGCCGCUGCUACCGCCGCCCCCCGCCCCGCUGCGCCCCGGGGCCGCCGCUGAGGGUGGAGGCACAGCCCAGUGGGCCCCCUGCACCUGCCCAGGACCAUGAUCCCCCCCAAGGAGAAAGCCCGUGCCCCCAAGGACAGCAUGACGCUCCUGCCCUGCUUCUACUUCGUGGAGCUGCCCAUCGUGGCCUCCUCUGUCGUGACGCUCUAUUUCCUGGAGCUGACAGACCUCUUCAAGCCGGCCAAGGUGGGCUUCCAGUGCCAUGACAGGACGCUCUCCAUGCCCUACGUGGAGACCAAUGAGGAGCUCAUCCCACUGCUGAUGCUGCUCAGCCUGGCCUUCGCUGCGCCCGCCGCCUCGAUCAUGGUCGGGGAGGCCAUGGUGUACUGCCUGCAGUCCCGGCUGAAGGGCCGCGCCGGUGCCGAGGGCAGCAUCAACGCCGGUGGCUGCAACUUCAACUCCUUCCUGCGCCGCACCGUCAGGUUUGUGGGUGUCCACGUGUUUGGGCUCUGUGCCACAGCCCUGGUGACAGACAUCAUCCAGCUGGCCACAGGCUACCACGCUCCCUUCUUCCUGACCGUCUGCAAGCCCAACUACACACUCCUGGGCACUCCCUGCGACGCCAACCCCUACAUCACCCAGGACAUCUGCUCAGGCACCGACAAGCACGCCAUUCUCUCUGCCAGGAAAACCUUCCCAUCCCAGCAUGCGACGCUCUCGGCUUUCGCUGCAGUUUAUGUGUCGAUGUAUUUCAACUCCAUCAUCUCGGACAGCACCAAGCUCCUCAAGCCCAUCCUGGUCUUUGCCUUCGCCAUCGCCGCCGGCAUCUGUGGCCUGACCCAGAUCACGCAGUACCGCAGCCACCCCGCCGAUGUCUACGUGGGCUUCCUGAUCGGCUCCGGCAUCGCCGCCUACCUGGCUUUCCAUGCUGUUGGCAACUUCCGUGCCCCAACGGAGCGGGUCCCGACGCAGGCACCGGCCAAGGACGCACUGCGGGCGCUGACACAGCGGGGCCACGACUCUGUCUACCACCAGAACAAAUCGGUGAGCACCGACGAGCUGAACCCGCAGGCACGGCUGGAGGAGGCGGCACGGCCGGUGCCACGCGAGAAGAACUCUCUGGGCAGCCUGAAGCGGGCCAGUGUGGAUGUGGACCUGCUGGCCCCCCGCAGCCCUAUGGGCAAGGAGAACAUGGUGACCUUCAGCAACACCCUGCCCCGCGUCAACACGCCCUCCAUGGACGACCCCGCGCGGCGCCACAUGACAAUCCACGUCCCCGUGGACGCCUCCCGCUCUAAGCAGCUCAUCACGGAGUGGAAGCAGAAGUCUCUGGAGGGCCGGAGCAUGACGCUGGCGGAGGAGGCGGCGCAGGGCCGGGGUGUGGGGGAGCCCUGUGAGGAGGUGCCCCCCUCCCUGUACCCCACGGUGCAGGCGCGCUCGGCCGAGCGGGCGGCCGUGGGGCCCCGCGUGCUCAUCCAGCCCCGGCCGGGCGCCUCGCAGCUGGUGCACAUCCCCGAGGAGAGCCAGGCAGGCGCGGGGGCUGCGGCCGGCGGCGGGGCGGCCGUGCGGGCCAAGUGGGUGAUGGUGGCGGAGAAGGGGGGAGCGCAGAGGGUGGCCAACCCCCCGCGCCUCAUGCAGGUCAUCGCCAUGUCCAAGCAGCAGGGCCUCAUUUCUGUCACCCCCAAGCACUCGGAGACGUCCUCGUCUUCCACCAGCUCUGACUCCUCUCAGUACCGCUCGCCCUCGGAGCGGGACAGCUCCAGCAUCAUCACCAUCGACGCUCACGCCCCUCACCACCCUGUUGUCCACCUCUCCGCUGGCAACGGGCCCUGGGAGUGGAAAUCGGGGCCAAAGGUGCCAGAGGGGCCAGACACCUACGAGCUGGGUGAGGUGGGGAAGGAUUUCCACGGCUUCCGCCCAGCCAAGAGCGCCGGUAUCUCCCCUGGCUCCUCUGUCAGCGACAUGGAGCAGGACGAGCCACGCUACGGCAGCCUGGCCGCCAUCCCGGGGGCAGCAGGGGGUGGUGGGGAGCGGGUGGAGGUCCCCCCUGAGGGGCUGCUGGCCGCAGCCAGCCGCGACUCCACGCUGCGGAGGAAGCCGGCCGAGCGCGACGGGGCGGCGGACAGCGAGGUGGACCUGUACUACAAGAAGAUGCAGGCAGGCCGCAGGUUUAAGGACUGAGCCCCGGUGCCUUCCAGGGCCCCACGCCCCUGCCCUGAUUUGGGGGGGCUCUGUGAUGCCAGGGUCCCUCUGCAGGGGAUGGCAGGACGGGGCUGGCUUUGCUCUUGAGCAGCACAGCCACACUGCUACUGAGCCAGCUGAGACGUCUGUGGGACCCCCAGCAUGGGGCCCUGCUGCUGCUCGGGCAGCUGGUGGGGCUCUGACCCCCACAGGCUGUGGGGCUGGGCAGCUCCAAGCACUUUUGACUUUGUUUUUUUCUCUAACACUGGUGCUGACAUUUCUGAGGGGUUAUUUUAUUCCAUCUCUGGAAGUGGAUGUCUGCAGGGGAGCGGGGAGGGACAAGUGCUGCUGAAGGGCUUUGGGGAGAACUAGAUUAAGGGGUUUAACAGGGGGAAGAGGCUGCUGUGGGGCAGCAGGCCCUAGCUCAUGUGGGGGUUUGUGGGUGCUGGGGGUCCUGUGACACCCCCAAUCCUGCACCACUGGUCUGUGUGAGGGAGGCUGGUGGUGGACAGACUGGGAGGGGGGUUUGCCCAGCGCUGUGGCUCUGGGCGUGCAGAGGCUGUAAAUAC